AUGUUUUUUGGAAGUUCCUUGGUGAUUUACAUCCUGUCUAUCCAUUUGGCCAGGGAAUGGCCAAACGUUAUGCAGAAGUGGGAAUUAAUGGAACGUGAUAUGAAACAGUUUGGUUAUCCUCCCAAUACUGCAUUUAAGUUCAAAAUGUUAACAAGUACCGUCAUGCUACUUGCAAUAAGUACGUACGUAUACACGUUAAAGCUUGCAAAAUAAGUAUUCAAAAAUUAUAAAUAGGCAUUUAAGAAUACAUAAUGGAGAUUAACGAUUUCAUCAAACAUUAAAUUAUUAAUGACUAAUUAAUGAUAAGUGACAGUAUUCCGCCAUAUUCCUACUAUUACUAUGGUUUAUACAUUUUGUUCGUCUUUUUUUUUUUUAUUUUUAUUGUUAUUAAGACCUCUUUUUAAAAUGGUAAUUGAUUUUGUCUUGUUCAUUUUUAUUUUAUAGUUGAACACGCUUCUUCAGUUAUAACAGGAAUAGUGAACGCAGUACCCUGUUCAACGGGAGGACUAGAUAUUUUUCGAGCUUACUUUUCCAUGUCUUUUCGACAAGUAUUUACUAUUAUAGAUUAUUCGUUCGUAAUCGCCAUACCUUUGGGAUUUUUAAACCUAAUACUUACUUGUGCUUGGAAUUUUAUGGAUCUUUUCAUUAUUGUACUGUCUUGCGCUUUGUCCGACAAAUUUAAGCAGUUGAACCAAAGGCUGGCUGGCGUCAAAGGAAAA